AUGCGCAUCAUUACGGAUGCAAAAGAUGCAUCUCGACAACGCCGACACCACCGCACCCUCGACCUCGGUCCUCCUCAUCCUUUCGGAGUUUGGCAUCUCAAUCGAGACGGUCCCACUAGCCUGCCCCAUCCUCCCAGACGAACCGUCUCAGCUCCGUUUGUCCGACAGUCAUACGCCCUGUCCACGCGCCCUACCCUCAAGCAUACCCGCAACGUUCUUUCGUUGGGAAUUCUUCCCGACCUCUCGUCCGUCAAGGUGUCUUCCCUUCGCAACACCAAACCCCAAGGUCCUUCGCUCGGGUACGCUCAGGUGCGGACCUCUGGAUUCCCCUUCAUCAUGCCGGACAGCGAUUCCGAAUAUCCGAACACGCCCGCUGCCACAGAGCCCGCAUCCGACAUCGGCUCUCUACGCGACUUCAACGCUCUUUCGGAUGCAGGCUCGGCUAACAUGAGCAGAUCAUUCUCCGACCAGCCCAGCAUGCGCAGCUACGAAGAAAGCUCGGUCAGCGCCAAAGGUCCCGGAGCCACCAUCAACCGCAAAGCUGGCGAGCAUCUUGGCAGUUCGCUCCGGAACCACUUUACUCCAUCGCCUCGACCAUCCUCCAUGGCGCAUACUCCCUCCGUAGCCCAGCAUCAACAAGACAAUGACCGUCUUUCUGCUGUCGAGCACCGUGGCGCUCCUGGUGCUCCUCCUGGUCCCCACGAUUGCGAGCUUUCCCCAGCGACGGUACAGAGCAAUCUGAUUUCCUAUCAUUCAGCACAGCAACCUGCCACACGACCGUUGAGCUACUCCACUAAUGCCAGCAUUGAAUCCACUGGCUCGCCCAUCAUGACCAUGCGCCCGCUUUCCACCGCGGAACCCUCCUUGCGCGAUUUCCCGGUCAACACAAAUUACAAGCACAGCCUCGAAUCGGUGAACGCGCCCAUUCGCCAGAGAACUGAUUCUCGUCCCACCAUCUCUCCCACCAACACCUCACGAGCCAUCUCUACACCCGCACCCAUGCCCUUACCACAGGCCCUGCCACAGGCAUUGCAGGAUCAUCGUCCGACAGUCCGACGCGCGCAGGGCCAACGUGCAGAGAGCGAAGUGGUUCGCAGCCGUACCUCGUCCAAACCCUUCAGCUUCCCCGCCCGCGCUAGCGCCCAGUUUACUUCCCGCGAGCGCGCUGACAUCCUUCCAGAAAAGUCGACAAAGGACAAGAACGGAUCUUCCUUCAUCCGUCGUCUCAUUCGCAGAGCCAGCUUGAAGGGCAACAAACCCCAGUCGGCCGGAGGCACGCCUGCUUUCGUGCUGAGUCCCAGCAAGACCUCAGUUGCACUUCCAGCAGAACUCGAAAGGGAGCUGCAGUCCGAGGCCACCACACCGCGCGCUGAGAGCAUCUCGUCGAGAAGCGCAUCGAAAGAGUUUAAACGACGCACCAGCCUCACACGUCGUCGCAGCAAGUCGAAAGAACCGGGCGUCUCCAAGACCUCGAGGACCUCGUCCAUCUUUGCACCCUUCCUCGCAAGAGAUCCGAACAAGGUCAACAGCGUCUUCCGCACCAAACGCGAAGAGUCGUUUGGUCAUCUCGGGCCCUUGCCCGUGGAUGACGCCCCUCCUUUUCCCAAAGACGGUCUGCCGCUCAGCUCCAGCUCUCCUUUCUUGGCGCACGAUCUCGUCUCUACCAGCUUCACGCGUGCCAACAACGAUAACGUUGAGAGCAGGGAUUUUGCCAUCGUCCAAGCUCCAACAAGAGCGCCAGCCUCGUCUUCUUCUCACCAGCACGAAGCCGCUGAGACGCUCGAGAGUCCUCGGCUGGAACAAGGCCAGGAUCUGGCAUCCGAUGCCGAUGCCGACGAGACUCAGCAGCAGCGGCCGCUAUCGCACGUCACCGACAAGACCGACAACAGCCUUGGCAUGGGCAUGGCUCUCUCCUCUCGCAACAACUUCAACUUCCAGGAAUCUCUGGGUCUCAACGAGCUUUCCGCUACACCCAGGUCACAUUCCCAAGCAGUUGACCCUGCCGCCACAUCGUCUGGACACGGCCAGCCUGCCCUCUCUUCUGAUGGGCAUCCGAGUACCACGGAGACAAACUCUCGUCCGAGACCUAGCAUUCCUCGGAUCUGGCAAGGUCUCGAGCCCACGGAUGGUGACCACACCCUGCGAUCUACGCACAUUGAUGACGCCGACAGCUCCGACGACACGCCACCCGAACACCAUCUCCCUGCCAACCGAUUCGACACAGCUACUACUGCAAGCUCGUUCAGGACAGCGGCCAGUCACCUGGACUCGCCCCAAUCCUCCUCGACGCGUCGAACGGUGAGCGGAUCCAGGGCAUCGAGACUCAGUGUUCGCACCCAGGACACUCCUCUCGCCCGACACUUUGAUCAGGGACCUAGGCUGGAUUCGCCGCUUGCCGAUCUCAUCACCAAUCUCGGGCGCUCGCGAAGCAUCUCGGGCACCAUGAGCUCGGCGCCUUACCACGAUGCCGCCGCGUCUCCCAGCAGCGAAUUCUUGCACCUCGACCCCGAGACCAAUCGCACCACCGUCGUCGCUGCAGGACCGUCGCCGUCUCCCUCCCUGACUCAGCACGACGCAGAGCACUACGAAUCCCCUGAUGAGGACGACGAUGACACCUCCCUUCGCGCCCAGCCCCGCCAGACGCAUCUACCAGCUGCCUCGCACACAGCUUUGGUCGAGACUAUCGACCAUUCGAACCCUCAUUCUCCCAUCGAUCCAACGGACCUGACGCCUACACAGGUGAAGGAUUCGGCCGACGGCUCGUAUCCUCGAUAUAGACGCGGCACCUUUGGCGGUCUUGACCCGACGCCUGUCGCGACUGUUGAAGCAAGGCAGGCCGACGAGACUACAGCGGAUCCGACUCGUCCGCAGCUUUCCCGCUUCUCUACCGCCACAUCCGGCCCCGAGAACGACGAUCACCCCGUCACUCGCUCUGGAGGCGACGAUUCGGAGGAACAGGAAGUCGUCUUGCCCGAGGUCAAGGUCUUCGAGAUCGAAAGCCAUUUGGCAGCCGUCGAAGCUGCUUUGCAAGACAAUCGAGAAGAAGGCAGUUUCGAUGUUGCCUCGCUGAGGCAGCGCAUUUCCGACGCCUCGUACGUGAUGCAUGCCAACGCCUCUUCAGCAAGCAUGCUCUCCCGAGACGGAUCGCUGCAGCCUCCACAGCAGCAGAGCUUCAACGAGAGUACGGAUGAGCUGGCGCCUCCCGGGGCUUGGACACGGGACAGCUCCUCGUUUGUCAUGAACGACGACGGCCGUCGCAUCACGCUCGCUCCCGAAUCGCACGAAGCGCUUGCCGACGCUGUCCGCAGCGUCCGUCGGGCAAUCAGUUCGUCGCAGCUCACUACCGAUGCAGACGACACACAGACUGCUCUUGCAAAUCGAUCUGUGGAGACGCUUGGCAUGGAAAGCUUUGUGUCCGAGGGUGACGAGCCGACAAGCGAACGUCUGCCGGCUGGUGAGGCGUCGAUGCUAUCCGAGGCGACCCCCGCGAAAGCUGCCAAGAGGCGACAGGAGGGCAUGCGCGAUAUCGAGGAGGCCUACAGUCGCAUGCUGGCGCUGGUUCAGUCUUCCGCCAUUGGGGUCACGCCUUCGCCACAGAUGCGCGGUGAAGAGCCCCGUCUCGGCUUUGAGCCUCCUCGGCGCCCCAUGAAGCACGGCCAGGCUACCUCGAGUGCAAACGAGCCCUUCUUCAAUUCUCCUUUGGCCAAGGCAUCGACCAAGACGGACGAACCUCUCAGCCAGCCUGCACAGUCGACGCGCAGUAUUCUGGACGGAGCUGGCGGUAGUCAGCCGGCUCGUACUCAAGGACGCGGGCAGCCAAACACAGAGACGCGCACCUCCACGUCCCUGUCGGGCCUCAUGGGCAUGCCGCUCGACAUCAAUCCACACAUGCUGCGUCAAGCCAGCGUCUCGACCGUCUCUUCGGUGCACGACGUCUCUAGGAAUGAUUCUGUGGACGGUGCAGCGUUCGCGCGCAGACGUCCACCUUCAGUUGCCAAGUCGAGCUCGAGCCGUUAUUCGCAGGCGCUGAGCCGAGACCAUGCUCCUUCGUCGUUGAUGGAGUCGGACGGCUUCCGCAAGCGCUUCAGCACGGACAACACGACGAUUGGACGGGCCAGCUCUGGCGGCGGACACACCUCCCCGUCCGCCACCGCCAAGACGCUCGGCACCCCUCGUUCGUUUGCCACCUCCGUGUCGCAGCACUCGCUCGCCAAUAUAGUGCGUCGUCACGAGCUCGAAAAGGAGAGCCUACUGGAUACGCUCGAGAGGGUGCGUGCCGAGAACGCCGAUCUGCAUUCGCGGCACAACAGCUUGACCUCGGACCUGCACGCCGAGGUGACGCGCGUGUUGGAGCUCGAACGCGAAUUGGAGCGACGUGAUUCUCGCGAAGUAACGCUGAUCGGUCAGAUCCAGCAGCUGGAGCACGAACUGGUGGAAUUGCGCUACCUCGACUUCCAGCUCAACUCGACCGCAGACCAGACGCUUGGAUCAGAAGAUGGCGAAGGCUCGAUUAUGGACGUCGAGCUGCCACCGACUCUUCAGUCGAGAGUAGGCAUCGGGGCGCUGCCUCUUUCGCCGCGCGGCGUUGUCCAACCCUCGCCUUCGUAUUCCUCUGCGUCCGUCUCGGCCCUGGCCAAGCCGACGCAUCGAAGCACGCGCUCGGAAGCGUUUGUCUCUGGCCUGCCCGGUUCUGAGCGAUCGACACUGCCAGCCAGCAGAAGCGAGCUGCCACGUGCACGCCCAGUCUCGCUGUUGAACGGACCGGGUGGUCUGUUCCGUGAAGACCGAACCUCGCAACGCACGAGUCAGGCCUCGCCGCUGCCUACUCCACGCACUAGCAGUCUGCUUCGCCAUCCUCGAACUUCGGGUAGAUUAGCCAAAGCGCAGGCGGCGUCGCCGAAUCUGCUCGGCCUCGGUCUGCCCAGGGACGAGGAUGAUGUGUGGAGUAUCGCCGACGAGCAGCUGCCUGAGAUUGACGACGAGAUCCUCCCUCCCUCUAGCACUUUUUCGUCGCGUCAACAGGCGUCCACGGCGUCGGCGGGGCCUGUACACACGUUUGACUCACAGCUCGGUGAGACGGGACAUCCCGAGGGGAGCUACGAGCGCAGCGACGAGGAUGGAGACGAUCGUCAGAGCUCCUCGGUGCCCUCUACGGACCAGCACAAUAGCGCGAUGAGUGGUAUCACUAACGGCGUCACGCCGCAGCGUGAUGUGUCCCCCUCGUCUCUACCUCGAUCGACGUCGCAGGCUACGGUGACCAAGAUCACAACGCAGCUGCCCCGCCCCUCGCCGUCCACGAGCAAGAUCCCCACGAGCCGCUCCACAAGCGGCAUUUCCGACUCGCCGUCCCACCGCAGCGUUUCCUCGCGUCUGCCCCGUCUCGGCCUCAAACCAAGCACGCGGUACUCAACCAGCAGCGGCAUCCGCAACGUCUCGAACGCCACAGACAAGUCGACCGCCUCCACCCUCUCUUCCGUGUACAGCAAUCUGUCGACCGGCGCUCCCCCCUCCCUCGGCUCGUUGCCCAGUGGAAACAACACCAUGGAGGACGAAAUUCAGGCCGAACUGGCACGCCUGGGUAACCCUCAGCCGUACAUGCGGUACUAUUCGCCGCCCAGGAGCAAGAUGCUUUGA